AAAAGAGGACAAGUGACGUCUGUAAUAUGGCCGAUGUAUUACAUAUGUGCCUAGAAAAUACGUGCCUGAGGUUAAGAUUCUUAGGUUAAAGAUUGCAAUAUGCCUGUAUCUUGCACCAUUAAAAGUUGUAAAAGUACAAAACGAAAGAAUAAUUUAGAGAUAACAUUUCAUAAAUUUCCACUUAAAAAUGAAAAAAUUCUGAAGUAUUGGAUUGCGGCUACAGGACGAGACAAUUGGAUUCCAUAUUUAGAUGCCCGAAUAUGCAGUUUGCAUUUUGUAAAUAACGAUUACUAUAACGAUACACAAAGCAGCCGAAAACGAUAUUUAAAACCAGAUGUAAUACCAACGCAACAUGUACACACAAAUAUAUUGCAAGUAUUCCAGCAAGAUACAGCGAAUAAUAUCAAAUGUAAUGCAAUAACACCUAACAAUGAUGUUAUUUCGGAGGACUUGACUAAUCAACAGACUGAAAAUUACGAAAUUGUAGUGAAAUCAGAAGAUAAUCCAAAGAAUAAUAUUACCUGGGAAGAAGAUUUGACGAAUCAGCAGAGUGAAAAUUAUGAAACUAUAGUGGUAUCGAAAUGUUCCAACUGUUUAAAUUUUAAUGAUGUAUUGCUUGAAAAUCAAAAAUUACGUAAGAUAUUAGAAGAUCUAAAAGUAUUACAGGAAAAACGUUUAAAUCAGCAGGCAGAAAUGUUUCAUACUUUGAUGCGUAAUAACGAAGCAGCAUUGAAACAAAAAUUGGAGGUGGUUGGAAGGAAAAAUAAAACCUUGAACAAAAGCAUAAAACGGAAAGGAGAAAAUAUCAAAAGCAAUUUAAAAUCAUUAAUUGAAGUAUUAAAAAGCAGAAAUAUUUCGGAAAAUGAUAAUGUGUUUAAAUUAAUUAAGGAAUUUGGUAAUAUAAUGCCAUCAUAUUGUAGUGUGGCAAAUUGUUUCAAUAAUUCCGAGCAAAGUUAUGCACUGUUUAGAUAUCCUCAAGAUGAGAAAUUAAGAAGGAAAUGGAUUAGUGCAAUAGGGAGAGAUGAAAAUUGGUCACCUAGCAGUUCUCAAAGAGUUUGCGAGGUACAUUUCAAGCCAUCUGACAUCGAGUUUAUUGCUGGGCGCAAGCGAGUUAAGUGUGGCGCAGUUCCCUUUCGCUUCUGCGUGUGGCCUUCUACGGAGGACCGAGAGAACUGUCUAAGAAGAACCAGACAUGAUCACACAUAUAAUGCUAAUGAGCAUAAGACAAGUUGCAAUAUGCAGAAAAAGCAGACUAUUCUCUCUUCGCAAUCACUAUCAAGACAAAAAUUAAUAGAAAAUAACGAGCGACUAAAAUAUAUAAUUGAAAAUGAUCAUACAUAUGUCAUGUCAGGCCAGCAAAAACCACUAACGUCAACGAUACUCGACAAGAUGUCUAUCAAGAAAUAUUUUAGAAAGAAGACAAUAAACUUAGUGAAACAUCAAUAUGGCUGUGUAAAGACUUGCGAACCAUUAAUUACUGAGGAAAUAAAAGCUAUUGACCAGUCCAAAGACAUAACAGAAGAGAAAGACAAUGUGUGCAGCCAGUGGAUAAGAAUGAUAACUUACUGAAUAACUUCAUAAAAAUGAACAAUUGCUGAACGAAAUAAAAGGCAUUGCGGAAGAAAUGGUAAAAACAGAAAAGGACUGAAGAGAGUGAUUUAAAUAGGAAUGAAUCUAAGAUUUAGGUAGGAAUGAAAGAUGCACGAAGAAAACUAUGAUGAACCAAAAAUAGAUUAAACUAUUUCUUAUUUAUAAGAAACAUCUACAAGAAAAGUGAAAAAUUGACUGAAGAUUAGUGGAAGAUUUUGGAAGCUGAGCAAAGGUUUGAAAUAGUCUAAAGAAAACAAUUUUAAAAGCAUUGAGUUCCUGUUUCACUUUUAGCAUUAAGGGUUGCAAUUAUAUAAGAGAAGUUGCUUCUUUUUCUUCAAUCAGAUUUUACAGCAAAGUGUUAAAAAAUAUUUGUUUUGUUUGUACCAGAAUUUUUGACAAUAUUUUUUUUAUUUGAAAAAAAACCCCUAUUUAAAAAAAGUAGAUAUAAGUAAAAUUCGAUAGAAAAGCAUAAAUAACACAUAAGAUAUUAAUUUUUUUAAUUAUUAUAAAUAAAUGAACGCUUGAAAUUAUUUAAAUAAUAUAUUUAUAAGAAGUUGGAGUUCUUUCUGAUAGCAUUUUAAUAAUAUAAAUAAUUUUUACUUAUAUCUGUGAUACAAUAAACUGAAUAUAUCAAACAAA